UCUUCUCCGGUACUUACCAGUUAACGUUCAGCAUCAGACCCACAACAACGUGCAGUUGAGAGAGUUGAGAGAGGUUCUUUUGAACACGUCGCACUUUAUUACAUCCUAUUUGCCUUGGACGAAAACCCUGAGUGAUCUGAGCAAAAUGCCUUUGGCUAAGGAUCUGAUGCACCCCAGCUUCACAGAGGAGAGGAGAAGACACAAGAAGAAGAGGCUGGUGCAGGGUCCCAACUCCUACUUCAUGGAUGUCAAAUGCGUAGGCUGCUACAAGAUCACCACCAUCUUCAGCCAUGCCCAGACAGUGGUUCCUUGUGUGGGCUGCUCUACAAUCCUCUGCCAGCCAAGUGGGGGGAAAUGCAGACUAACUGCUGGCUGCACCUUCAGACGAAAAUAUUCCUGAGCGAAAAUGUACCUGUGCACUAGUAACAGGCAGUGGUAUGGACCAUGGAUAAAAGAGUCUGAGCCUCACAGACUGAAUGUAAAGUGUGGCUGUUUACACCCUCCAAAGCAUAGCCUCAGUAGACAAAUUGUCUUGAUCAUGUGGAGUGAAAUUUAACUCCCCUCUGAGGGGUGGACUGGGACAGAACAGGGAAAAGGAGCUAUGUGACUAAAGUCAAAUACUGACAUUCCCAUGUGCUCAGAUUUAAUUGUACGUAUAUGAGAAUGAUAUUAUGAAGCACUUGUUGUUUUGACUUCUACUGUUUAUGUGCAAAACGUGUUUUGUAACCAUCAGAAUGCACAAAAAUUCAAAGGAAUCAUGAUUUCUGUAAAACAUUUAUUAGAUUGACAUAGAGGGGGGCGGUGAAUGAAAUAUUUCAAAACAGCCUCGAUCAAAUUUGAGGCGCUAAUCAUGGUCCUGGCACGGGAUGACACCAAGAUGACCAUCACAAACAAAAAUAAAACAUCUGAAGAA